AUGAAACGCGAAGCAUUUUUGCAAGUUGUGUCUAAAGAGUCAAUUGAAGACUUCCUGCGUUACACUCAGAAUCCUAAAGAUACAUUUGAUCAUUUUGACUUGGAUGAGCUACUUCAAGAAUUGCCCAGAAAGCAAAAAGAAGUGCUAUGGCAGAGACUGACACAGCUAUUGACAGAGACCUUGAUGGAGAAUCCUGUGGAAACAUGGCACAGGACUGGGGAUGAUAAAAGUGAUGAUGACAUGGAAGUUGACAUAGCUCCAGAAAUGAAACAAACUGUAGCAGUGAUCCAAGGAGUGGCAGCUGUCGUUACUGCUUCCAUACCUGCGGUGGAUGAAAAUGUCAACUACAAAGCUCUUGUAGAAUGCGUUUUUAUCCUGAACAGUAUUCUUCCUGCAUUAUCUGCAUCUGAAAAAAUCCUACAGGAUGCUAUCCAACGUGUGUGUGAAAUGUGGUGGGAGAAGGGACUGGAAGGGAAGGAACAGCUGGGGAAGACUCUGCUUGCCAUUCUGCUGAGAAAAAGCCUGAAUAAAGCUGCUGUGGGUGCAGAUAUAGUUCGUGUGUGGAAUCUACAUCAGACAUUACUUUGUUUUGAUUAUGAUUCAGAUGAGAGUAAUGAAGUCAAGGACUUGUUGCUUCAGUGUUUUAUGAGUAUAAAGCACAUUAAGAAAGAAGAGGGAAGAAGACUCUUGAGUUUUUUGUUCAGCUGGAAUGUAAACUUCAUUAAAAUGAUACAUGGAACUGUUAAAAACCAAUUACAGUUCUUUCCAAGAUACUUGAUGGAAUACAUUUCAGAAGUUUACUUCAGGGCCUGGAAGAAGGUGUCAGGAGAAUUCAUAGAGGUACUUGAAUAUAACUGCAUUCAGGAUUUCAUGCAUCAUGGAAUUCAUCUUCCCAGAAGUUCUCCUGUUCAUUCUAAAGUUAGAGAGAUACUGAGUUAUUUCCAUAAACAAAGUAAAGUUCGUCAAGGAGUUGAAGAAAUGCUCUAUAGAUUGUAUCAGCCCAUCCUCUGGAGAGCACUGAAGGCCAGAAACAAAGAAGUUCGAGCAAAUGCAGCAUUUUUGUUUGUUGAUGCUUUUCCUAUUCGUGAUCCCAGUUUUACUGCUGAAGACAUGGACAGUGAAAUUCAGAAACAGUUUGAAGAACUUUUUAAUCUCUUAGAAGAUCCUCAUCCAGUUGUCCGCUCUACAGGGAUACUUGGAGUUACUCAGAUCACAUCCAAAUACUGGGAGAUGAUUCCUUCAACAAUUCUUGCUGAUCUUUUAAAAAAGAUAACUGGAGAACUGGCCUGUGAUAUAACAUCUGCUGAUGUUCGAUGCUCUGUUUUUAAAUGCCUACCAAUAAUUUUGGACAACAAACUAAGUCACCCACUCCUGGAACAGCUCCUGCCUGCAACCAAACACAGUCUUCAUGACAAUUCUGAGAAAGUGCGAGUGGCUUUUGUGGAAAUGCUGCUCAAAGUGAAGGCUGCCAAGGCUGCUAAGUUCUGGAAUAUCUGUCCCAUGGAGCAUCUCCUGUCUCGCCUUGAAGCUGAUUCUCGGCCAGUGUCCCGGCGCAUCGUGAACCUCCUGCUGAACUCUUUCUUCCCCACUGCCCAGCCCGAGGAUGUGUGGUGUGAGCGCUGUGUCACUCUGAUCCAGAUGAAUCCAGCAGCAGCCAGGAAGUUCUAUCAAUAUGCUUGUGAAUUUACUGCCCCCACCAAUAUAGCUAAACUGAUGCUCACUAUUCGGCGCUGCUUGAAUGCCUGCAUCCAAAAAUCAGUGAAAGAGAGGCUUCAUGAUAGUGGGGAUGAUGAUGAUGAAGAAGAUGGAAGUGAAAAGGAGAACAGCAGUGUGUUGGAUAAUGUGCUGUCAGUAAAUGAUGUGGCCAGUAUGGCAAGUUUGUUGGAGAUCACUGUAAUACUCUGGAGAAGUAUCCACAAAGCACUAGAUCACAAUGAAGAUGCCAAAGAUUAUGCUAUCAGGAAGUUUGCUUCUGUACUUCCUGAAUAUUUUAAAGUAUUUCAGGAUGAGCGGUGCAUGACUCCAUUGGUUAUACUGGCAUCCUUUAUGCCCCCUGCUGCUAUUCCUACAUUCAGCUGUGGUGUGGUUUCCAAACUCAGAAAUAUUGACACUGGAGCUGACCAAAGCAAAUACUCUAUCCUGAUUGACUGCCUGUGCCGCUGGGGUCAAGUGGGGCACGUGAUGGAAUUAGCCUGUGACUGGCUGUCUGACUCACUCACCCCCACAAAGAAUACUAGAACAUCUAAGCAUCGAGUACAUAUCCAAAUAACACAUGAAUCAAAGCCAGACUUAGCAAUUGAUUACAUUGAGUAUUUAUUGACACAUCCUGUCAAUCGUGGUUGCCUCCUUUCUGUUCAUAAAAAGAAACUGAAGAAGCUUUUGAAGAUUCUCAGUGCUGCAAAGAGGGUUCUUGACUCAAUUCUGAAAGGAACACAUUCUGGUGGCUGGAAUCAAGCAACCAGCCUAAGAGCCUUCAGCCUCUUUUGCAGAUUGAGUAUUCAUCUUCAGGACAAGUUUUCUGAAGAAGGAGAAGAUUACCUUUCACUUCUGAAGGAGACAGGUGCUUGGAUAAAAAAUCAAGUUGUACCUUUUAUACCAGAAAGUGUUCAAGAGGAUGGUGUUUCAAAACACAGUGAUGUUUCUGAAUUAAUUAUCCAGGGCUACCUGACAGUGUGUAAAGAUGUCAUAAUGGUGGGCCUGGGAAAUGUCGCAUUUCAAACAUACCUUUUAGAAAUGGCUCUUCUGAUUAUGCAAACAGAGGGUGGUGGCUUUUGUGCUCCAGUGUUGCUGUGUGUUCUGAAAGAAAUCAUUGAAGCUACUUUAAAUCAGAAUACUGAGACAGAGGAAGUGACAAAUCUUUUCCACGCUCUACAGAACGUCUUUGAGAAAAUUUUAGAAUGUGUGCCACAUAGACUUAAGAAAGAACAGGACAAAGGGAUUCAGUUGAUUCACUCUAUUCAGAUGCGUCUUGGAGAAUUCAUCCAUGCACUGCAGUGCUGGCAUUCCUCAUUCCCAGCAGUUCACCAGGGUGUACUCUCCACUCUCUUGGCUGCAAUAGUAGCAGAAAUAAAUUGUGUGCUACGGACGGUUUCCAGUGCAGAAGACUUGACCAUGCCGAAGAUUAUUUCAGACCUUCCCCCUCUUUCAAGCUGUUUAAUGGCUGUAAUUAUGAAGUCAGUUAAUGUUGUCAGGUCAGUUUUAAAUGAAUUAAUGGAGUGCAUUCUCUCUGAAGAAAUUGAAGGGAUUUUUAGUCUAACAGCUGCUGUCUGGAUUCUGAUUAUAAUUAAAGGUAAGCACAAAACUUCACUUCUAAAGGAUAUUGCACCUGCCAUUCAAAGGAAACUGAUAAUAUGCAAGGAUGCUGCCACAGGAGAAUCCAGCAGCACUGAAAGAUUCCUGUGUGAAUCAUCUCUGAAAAUUUUGGAUGAGUUUUUGAAUCCUUGACCACGCAGAAGCUUUUGUCAUGAAAAUUGAGGGAAGAGAUAUUGCUUUUAGAAAAACUUAUCUUGUAAACUUAUGAAUUGUUUAAGAUUGUUUUCUAUUAUUCUGUAAUUUAAAGCAAGCAAAAUGUAUAAACGUUUGUAUAUAAAUUACAUAAUGGUAAAGAUUUUUCAACAGCUGUAAAGGGGUUAUUCUGUAUAAAAAUGUCUUCUUGGGGGGAAUGUAAAAUCACUAUUUUUAUAUCUUUGUUUUUGUAAAACAAAUAAUAAUUGUAUCAUAGAUACUCUUGAGACUGAGGUCACAUGUAACCUCAAUCCCUGAGGGGAGUGGAGCAUAUUCCUAGGGGCUGUGGAAAUGAAUCUUAUUUUGAGAUCUGUGAGGGCCAAACCGGUGAUUGGGAGUGGCCAUCAUGGCUUUACCAGGGGCAAACUCUGCCUAGCCAGCCUGAUUUCCUUCCCUUUGGCAGAAAAGAGAGAGCACAGCAUGUCCUGUUUCCUGUCUUUGGCAAAGACUUUUACACAGUCUCACACAGUGUCCUUACAACCCAACUGGAGAGAGAUGGGAUGGAUGGGUAGACUCAGAAGAUGGAUGGGAAACUGGCUGGACCAUCAGAGUGGAAGAAUGAUCUGCUAAGGGGUGAGGUUGGCAGCUGUGGCUGUGGCACUGCUGGUUGGUGACAGGGUGAGCAGCAGCCUUGGACUGAUGGCAGAUGACAGCAGCUGAGAGCCACAGCUGACACCGAGGGGCAAGACCUGGACCUGAUGGACGAAUCCUGCACCACCCACAGGCGCCUGCACGAGGGCAGCUUCUUGCUGCCUGCAUCUGCCUGCAGGAGGAUAAAGGAAAGACUUUACCCAGAGAUGAAUGGAGGAGAAUAUGAGGCUACAGAAACAACUUGGGCAAGACAAUUUCUUGUUGGACAUGAAAAGCAAUCUUUAUGAGAGUGAAUUGGAGCUGGAAAUGGAGCUGGAAGAAGUUGCUCAUAGAGCCUAUUGAAAGCCUUGGAGAUGUGCAGAACUUGGCUGACAAGGAGGGCUCUGACCUUCCAUGGUGUCAUAGCUUUGGAGUUAGCCCUGCUGGGCUUGGGUUUGGACCAGAUUCUUCCCUGAGCUUCCUCAUAAUUUGAAUAUUCAGGUGAUUCAGUACCCAGUAAACUGGGGGGAAAUGUCUUAACUAGUAGACAUAGACUUGAGUAAUAUAUAAAUUGUUUUAUAUUUAGCUAUUGUUAAAAAUUAUAACUAUUUUGAUAAAUUAGUACUAAUGAUGCAAGUAAUGCAGACAUCUAAGCCACUUAUUUAAUUUUCUUCAUGCAACCAGAUGUUCUCCCAAGACUAAUAGAAUGCUGAUUGCACAAUGUUAUUUUGCCUUAAUGGAGAUACCUGUAAAUUACCUGUCUGAGCUCAUGGAGUGAUUCAAGCCUAGCCAGCAGCCAAGCACCACUCAUCUGCUCCCUCACUGCUUUCACCCAUUCAGACAUGGGGGCAGGACUGAAAGGGUACAAGUGAAAAAAAAACCCAGUUGAAUAAUUAAGAAAAAAUAAUAGUACUUUUUCAAAUUGUGAAGAAAAUAGAUAAAAGAGAGGGAAAUAAAAUGACCAAGCCAGUCACUGGGUAGUGCCCUCCCCACAGCCUCCCCCCCAGUUUAUUGCUGAGCAUGGUGCCAGAUGGUGUGAGAUAUCCCUUUUGUCACUUGGGGUCCCCUGUCCACACUCCUGGUGCACUCCCAGCCUCCUGGGAGUGGGGUGAGGAGAGGCCAUGAUGUUGUGUAAGCCCUGCUCAGCAACAGCUGAACCAUCCCUGUGUUAUCAGCACUGUCUCCAGCACAAAUCCAAAAUACAGCCCUGUAUCAGCUACUGUGAAGGAAUUUAACUAAGCCAGAAGCACAGCUCUUGAGGCUUCAGUUUCAUCUGGUUUAGGAGAUUUAACAGGAAUCUCCAGAAAACUACUCAGCCACAGACCAAAGUUGCAUCCUCCAGCUUAGCCUGGAGAUGUGGACAUGCAGCACUUGGUUAUCAGCAGUCAAGUGCAGUGAUUCUCAGAGUGGGCCUGUGCAAAUGGCCAUUGAGUCUCCAUUGUAACUGAGUGGCACUGACACUGAAGUCAACAAAUUUGGCCAAAUUAAGACAGGCUCUUCAUUCUUGAUUAAGAUUUGUGCAAAAGCUGUACCUCCCAUCUGUCUAAACAAACAUCUACUCUGCUGGUUUUCUUUCUGUGCUAAGACACUGCUGUCUCAAUAUCUGCUGUCACUGAAAACAUCAGACCCAUACUUGACCCCGGUACAUAAAACUUCCCUACUGGAUAAAAGCUGUUUUAGCUGGAAUGUUGAUAUUUAAAAGCAACGCAGUUCUUAAUAAACAACUGGCAAGCUUU